GCAGCAGGCUCAAGCUGAGUAUGAGCUGAGCAAGUAAGACUAGCUCUCUAAUCGCCCCAACGUGCGAACCCCGCUUGCGUGUCGAGUAGAUAUCUCCAACUAUUCUGCGGAGACUCUGCGCUCCUCCCUGCGGUGGAAGCAGGUCUUCGCGGAUAUUUGAACGAUCGCUUGGAACUCACAAUCCUGCGCCUUGCGAUACAAGGAGCAUUCUUAGUUCUUACCGACGGGAAUCGCUUGCAUUUCGUUACGGGCGGUCACAUAGUAAUUGCGAGCCACAGCCUCUCGCAAGUCAGGUUCGAUUUGGAGGACGAUACAUGGUCACUCAUAGGAGACACGGAUCGAUCGACAUGAUAUCGAUCUUCCAGGAAAUCCCCACCAGCGAAGCUUCUGAACGAGAUUCGGAAAGCCAAAGUGCAUUCAGUAUUCCGACUCUCGGACGAGACCCCCGAACCUCCCACCUUUCAGCAGUUUCAGCACCGGCAAAGCUAUCGUUCUUUGCAGGCGUUCCUCUGACCACGGAGGAUGGACACAAUAUUGGCGCCAUCUGGGUCGCGGAUCCAGAUGAAAGACCACCAUUGGCUGCCUCCGAGGUCGAAUUCCUAACCAAUACUGUACGAAGAUGUGUGAACUUGCUGGAGCUGGCGAGGGAGCGUAACUUUCACGACAAGUGGACGGCUAUGCAGGAAGAACUCGAAGUAUUCCUCCAAUCACGCUCGUUAUGUGCUUCAUCACGGGAGGAACCUCGGACUUGGGAAGGGCGCAAGUCAUCGAGGAUGAAGGGAGCCAUGGAUAAGUCAGAAGAACAUGAAGUGAAGCGGAUAAGACCCGGGCCGCUGACAGGUGUGAGUGAUCCACCAGUCGAAAGUAGAGAGUCACAAAGACUGGUCGAUACCGAGACUGAGCGCGACCAUAUCCACGCUAAGUGCGACGACGCGGAAGACGCAAAGCCGUUGACAGCCAAGCGAGGAAAAGAUGGUGAGCGAAAGGGCGAGACGGCAAACUGGAAAGUCUUUCGAAGAGCCGCUGAGUGUCUGCGCUCUGCCCUGAAAACUGACAGCGUUGUGUUAGUCGAUGGCCUUAUGGGCUACCAUGGAGAGGCACAGUCUGCUGCCGAGCCAGAACAAGAGCUUGAGCGCGAAACCGUGCAUCCACCUGCCCACCUUAAUUAGUCGGCAUCAGCGAAAGCAACGAGUAACCGACCGGACGAUAC